AUGUCCUGGCUUCAUAUCAUCACACAUAACAUCCCCUGGUUCAUCCGCACGCCGGCGAUCGCCCUGCUAGGAACAGAAUGCUACACAAACUUAAUCUACAACGUCCAACUGGACGAGAUCCACUGUCUCAAAUACGGAAUCUCGAAAUUUCUCAGCUUGGCAAUCGUCUUCGGAAGCGGGAUCGUCAAAGUACCUCAGAUCAUCAAAAUCUUGCAAUCCAAAUCCGCCCGGGGCCUCAGCCUGGUUGGCUUCCUCCUCGACUCUCUCGGCUUGGUCAUCAUCGUUUGUUAUAAUUACCGGCACGAUUUUCCUAUCUCAACUUAUGGCGAAAGUUUCCUGCUUCUAAUUCAAAACACAAUCAUAGUGACGUUAAUAAUCCUAUCAUCACGAUAUCCGAAGGCAGGCUUACUCUCCUUCGUAGCGAUCUCAACGCCGGCACUACUCUUAGCAAUCACCUUGGUGCCGAAUUCGCCGGUCCCGGCAUCCUUACUACAGGGUCUUUUGACGCUCUCCAUUCCCUUAGCCUUGAGCUCCAAGAUCCCACAGAUCAUGAUCAAUUUCGAGAAGAAAUCCACCGGCCAACUCUCGAGCUUCUUGAUCUUCAGCUCUUUCCUAGGCUGUCUGGCGAGACUAUUCACCACCCUGACCGAGACUGGCGAUCCGACCCUUCUGGUCAACUUCAGCUGCGGCUCGAUCUUAAACGGCAUUCUCGCACUCCAACUCAUCAGCUACUGGAACGAGCCUUCCGAGCCCACCAGGUCAAACGACACUCCUCUCGCUUCUGGAAACGCUCCUACUCGUCUCAGCGAUCUCAAUGAAAAUCGGACGACAGAUCCGGUCGAAUUAGAUCAACUCCGAAAAGGCCCCAGCCGCCCUCCUUCCUCAGCUUCCAGUAAAUCACGCUCAUCUACCUCCUCUCCCACUAUCAACCUGAACUCUCCCCGUCAGUGGACUCGUAAAGCAGAUUAA